GAUCAGUAGUCGAUGGGAGAGAACAAUCAGCGAUGCAGCUACGUGCUAUCACGAGAAUUUAUACUAACCAUAUAAUCAGCGAUCAGUAGUCGAGGGGAGAGAUUAAAAGGGUUAUAAUAAAUUUACGACGAAUAACGAGUAACAAUCAGCGAUUUUCCUGUUUUGACAAUGACUGAGUACUGGUUAAUAUCAGCUCCUGGGGAGGAAACGUGCGAACAAACAUGGGCAAAGAUUAAUAACUACACCAGCAAAUUAUCCCGUAACUAUAAAUUUCAUAUUCCAGAUUUAAAGGUUGGAACUUUGGACCAACUAGUUGGUUUAUCAGAUGAUUUGGGUAAACUAGAUAGUUUUACCGAUCAAGUCACCAGAAAAGUUGUCAGUUAUUUGAGCGAAGUUCUCGAAGAUCGUAGUAACAGGCUUUAUGAGAAUUUAAAAGCCAAUAAUAGUGACGUACCAACUUAUAUAACUAAUUUUAAAUGGGACGCUGCAAAGUACUCCAUUAAGCAGUCAUUACAUAACAUAGCCGAUGUAAUCAGUAAGCAAGUUGGUCAAAUCGAUGCUGAUUUGAAAACGAAAUCAACUGCGUACAAUAAUUUAAACGCAUGUUUACAAAAUCUAGAAAAAAAGCAAACUGGUACUUUGUUGACACGUAAUUUAGCAGAUCUAGUUAAAAGAGAACACUUUAUCUUGGACUCUGAGUACCUAAUUACUUUGCUUGUUAUUGUUCCAAAGGCUGCAUACAAGGAAUGGCAAAGUGGGUAUGAAAAAUUGACUGAUAUGGUUGUGCCCCGCUCUUCAAUAUUGAUAACUCAAGACGCGACAUAUGGCUUAUAUUCUGUUUCGCUUUUCAAAAAGGUCGUCGAAGAAUUCAAAUUACACGCGAGAGAAAAAAAGUUUAUCGUCAGGGAUUUUACAUAUAACGAAAAAGAACUUGCCACUGGAAAAGACGAAACGACCAAACUUGUUACCGAUAAAAAGCAGCAAUUUGGCCCGCUUGUUAGAUGGCUAAAAGUGAAUUUUAGCGAAUGUUUCUGCGCUUGGAUUCAUAUUAAAGCUCUUAGAGUUUUUGUUGAAUCUGUAUUGAGAUAUGGAUUACCUAUUAAUUUUCAAGCAAUUCUUUUACAACCCAACGAUGCCCCUAAGCGGUUAAGGCAAGUUCUUAAUAAUCUUUAUGGACAUCUUGAUGGUAGCGCUCUAUUAGGUGCUUCUAAUGCUGAUAAUAUAGACAUUCCUGGAUUAAAUUUUAAUCAAGCUGAUUAUUAUCCUUACGUUCACUAUAAAAUAGAUGUCAGUUAUGCUGUUCCAGCUCCAGAGAGGGUCAUCCUAUAUGAGUAGCAUCAACUGAAACAAUUUAUCACAGUACUAUACAAAUCAAGUAACUAUUACUUAAAUAGCGAUAAAAAAUUAGUAAACAACUUACAAAUU